CGGACAAAACACGACACAGGCCUCGAGACCUGCUUAGCGCGAGCUCCGGAGUCUCACAGAUCGGCGUUACUGCGGAGACCUGAGGGAGAUUUAUAUAAUAAUAAUAAUAAUAAAAUAACUUUAUAUAAUAAUAUAUAUAACUUUAUAUAACAUACAGCAGCGGAACUCGGAGCCACCAUGCCGGAGACUGAGCUGUACUCCAACCCUCUGGCUCCAGAAGGUCAUGUUGUUGAGGAUCAUCGCUCAGCCCUGCAAUCCAAGCUGACCAAUGAGGACUUCAGGAAACUCCUGAUGACCCCGCGGGCCACGCCUUCAUCGGCACCGCCAUCCAAAUCACGCCAUCAUGAAAUGCCCCGGGAGUAUAACGAGGACGAGGACCCUGCUGCUCGCAGGAGGAAGAAGAAAAGUUAUUACGCUAAGCUGCGGCAGCAGGAGCUGGAGAGAGAGCGAGAGUUGGCGGAGAAGUACAGAGACCGCGCUCGAGAGAGACGAGACGGUGUCAAUAAGGAUUACGAGGAGACCGAGCUCAUCAGCACCACGGCCAAUUACAGAGCAGUGGGACCCACCGCUGAGGCGGAUAAGUCAGCAGCGGAAAAGCGUCGUCAGUUGAUCCAGGAGUCCAAGUUCUUGGGUGGUGAUAUGGAGCACACUCACUUGGUGAAGGGUCUGGACUUCGCCCUACUGCAGAAGGUGAGAGCUGAGAUCACCAGUAAGGAGAGAGAAGAGGAGGACAUGAUGGAGAAAGUACAGAAAGAAGUCAAGAAAGAUGAAGAUCCUGAGCAGAAGAUUGAGUUCAAGACUCGUUUGGGGAGGAACAUUUACCGCAUCCUGUUUAAGGGGCGUCAGAUGGAGAGGAACGAGCUGUUCCUGCCGGGCCGCAUGGCGUACGUGGUGGACCUGGAGGACGAAUACGCAGACACCGACAUCCCCACUACACUCAUACGCAGCAAAGCCGACUGUCCCACCAUGGAGGCCCAGACUACUCUGACCACUAAUGACAUCGUGAUCAGUAAACUCACCCAGAUCCUGUCUUACCUGAGACAGGGGACACGCAACAAGAAGCUCAAAAAGAGGGAUAAAGGGAAGCUGGACGAGCGUAAAGCCCCUGAAGCUGACCUGAGUAUCUUUGAUGAUAUCGGAGACUACAUCCCCACCACAUCCAAACCCGCGCGUGAUAAAGAGAAGGAGCGAUACCGCGAGAAGGAGAGAGAGAGGGAGAGGGAGAGAGAGAGAGAGAGGGAACGAGAAGAGGAGAAACGACAUCACAACUACUUUGAAAAACCUCGUGCUGACGAUGAGCCUGUUGAAAUUGACAAAGGUCCAGGAUCAGUUAAAGACCAGCUAAAACUCAUUAAUGAGAAGUUUGCAGGAGCCGCAGCAGCAACAGAUUGGCAGCAAACUGCUGGGACAAGACGUGAGGAGAAGAAACACGUGGGAGAUUUCUUUGGGAUGUCCAACAGUUACGCAGAGUGUUACCCUGCUACGAUGGAUGACCUGGCUGUGGACAGUGACGAAGAGGUCGACUACAGUAAGAUGGACCAGGGUAAUAAGAAGGGACCUCUGGGCCGCUGGGACUUUGACACACAGGAGGAAUACAGCGACUACAUGAACAACAAGGAGGCUUUACCAAAGGCUGCGUUUCAGUACGGAAUUAAAAUGUCCGAGGGCAGGAAGACGCGUCGCUUCAAAGAGACCAACGAGAAAGCAGAGCUGGACCGACAGUGGAAGAAAAUCAGCGCUAUCAUUGAGAAGAGGAAGAAGAUGGAGGCUGAUGGGGUGGAUGUGAAGAGGCCAAAAUAUUAAAACAUCUGUGUGUGUGUGUGUGUUGUGAUUUAUAGUAAUGCAGUAG